AUGACAGAACAUCAUAGAGAUAAUGUUGCACUUAUCAAACGUUUUGGAGAAUUAGCAUUGAAAUGUGUUCAUCAAGAAUAUCCAAACAAAGUUAGUGGACACAUUUUGAAUUCGGACGCUGAUGCCAUGCCUCCUCGUGAGUUAACACCUGCCUUUUACGGUUGUUUUGACUGGCAUUCGUCUGUCCAUGGUCAUUGGUUAUUAGCUAGAAUUGCCCGUACAAUCACUGAUAGUGAUACUGAAGAUCUUGUUCAAAGAGCAAAACAGGCAUUAACAAAAAGUUUAACAGCAGCAAAUUUACAAGCAGAAACUAAAUAUAUUAGUGGAUUACCAGCAUUUGAACGUCCAUACGGUUUGGCUUGGUUACUACAAUUAGUGGCAGAAUUGAAGGAAUGGGAAAUUGAGAAUCCAGAUGCAAGAGAAUGGGUGACGAAUUUGCAACCAUUAGAAACACUUGUUGUUCAACGUUUACAAGACUGGUUGAGUAAACUAUCUUAUCCAAUACGGAGUGGUGAGCAUAGUCAAACAGCAUUUGCUUUCGGACUCCUGUUGGAUUAUUCACGUACUGUUAAUAAUUCAGCAUUUCGCUUGUUAUUAGAAUCGAAGUCAAAACAAUUUUAUUUUCAAGAUAAAAAUUGUCCUGUUACGUACGAGCCAUCAGGUGAAGAUUUUCUUUCACCAUGUUUAGCUGAAGCCGAUGUAUUGCGACGUAUUUUAUCACCACAAGAUUAUGUAGCAUGGUUUGAUGAAUUUUUACCGGGUGAUUCAUUAUCACAUCUAAAACCAGCGCACAUUUCUGAUCCAUCCGAUCCAAAAGGUAUUCAUUUAGCUGGUCUAAAUUUGAGUCGUGCUUGGAUGUUAAACGGUAUUACAUCACAUUUGCCGAAGAAUUAUCCACGUUUAAAACAAAUUCAACAAUUAGCCGAUAGUAACCAGCAAGUUGGAUUAUUGGCAAUUGAUGAUGAACAGUAUGUGGGUGGACAUUGGCUAGGAAGUUUCGCUGUUUAUUUACUUACCAAACGUGGAUUAGAUAACUGA